CUGUUUAUUGACGCUGGAAAGCUGCGAUUCGGACAAGAGGGCGAGGUCAUUGUCGAUAUGAUCACCCAGGAUGACUGCUCUGUGGCCAGGGCCGUAGAGGCAAUUACUGCCCUGACCUCUGCGGCAGCAUCUGCGGCAGCCAAUUCGUCUCCCGAUGACCCCUUUGAUGACCCUUUGUAUUACCACGCCGACAAUGUCGCGCUCACCAUUCAUGGCUUGUCAAGACGCCUCCGACACGACCAACAAUCCAAGCUCAUUGACUUUUGCGUCCAGCUCCAGCAACAAACUGUGUCCGACCCCGCAAGGACCGGGAUAUUAAAGGAUUCAUAUCGUUUAAGCUUCUGGACACAUAUGCCUGAAAUAAGCAUUAAAAUUGCGGAUUAUUAUACUAUAGGUACGGAUGUUGGAGAUGUUGAAGACGAUGGCCACCAGUUGGAAAACUUCACAGCCUGGCUCGCCCGACUCUCGGAAAUGGAGUUUCUCGCCUUCAGAAAGGGCAUCACUUGGAGUCUUCCCGCCCUAACAUGUAUAUUCCAGAAAAAGUACCAAGCUACAGGGGAGGACGUGCGAGUUAUGUGCAUGUGGUUUAUCUAUGCGCCCAUGAAGGUUUGGUCAGAUGCUCAGAUGCGCCGCGCGCAAAAGAUUGGCCUGGCUCGGAAAAAGGAAAGUUUUGAUCCCGAGCAUUGGCCGAAAUGGAAGCAGUUCUUGCAAGACUGCCAGGGCUCAUCAUCAGAAGAGCUCGUGGAUAAGUACACACAGGAGCUCAUUGGGCUUGCUCUGAAAAGCAUAGAGAAGCUCGAGGGUCAACAUCUAAAUAUAAAUAAAGGUUAA